AUGAAGCAAACAAAAGGGCUCGAGGGUGACCAGAAGUCCAUCAUAAAAUUUGAAUUUAACCCCAAAGAUGGGAUUGACAACCCGGCUUUGUCGCUGGCUGAGGACAUGGAUGGCGAGGGCGUGGGGGAGCCCCGCUUCUAUGUCCUGACCAAGGGCAGCACGGAGACCUUUGGCUUCUGCCUCCACAAAGAGCUGGGCUGCCAGGGCCACAUCAUCCGGCAGGUCGAGCUGGGGGGGCUGGCCCAGCGCAGGGGGCUGCAGGAUGGGGACCGGCUCCUCCAGGUCAACGGCCACUUCGUGGAUGACAUGGACCACCGCAGGGUGGUGCAGAAGAUCAAGGCCAGUGGGAACCAGGUCCUACUGGCAGUGCUGGAUGGCAACUCCUACGAAGCAGCCAAAGCCCUGGGCAGGGACCUGUCCCAGAUGCUGCCAGCUGACAUCCGCCCACGCCUCUGCCACAUCACACGGGACAAAAGCGGUUUCGGCUUCAGUGUGUCGAGUCCAGAAGGCAUGAAGGGCACCUUCCAGCUGUCAGUGCAGCAGGACGGGCCAGCAGAGAGAGCAGGGGUGCCGCCAGGGUCCUGGCUCCUGGAGCUGAAUGGGGCCAGCGUGAGGACCUACUCACACACGCAGCUCGCCCGAAAGCUUAAGCAGAGCGGCAGCAAGGUGACACUGCUGGUGGCAUCCAGUGCCGUGGAGGAGUUUUACCGCCUGCGGGGCCUGCGGGUCACAGCCGCCUUGGCGGACACCUCCUGGCUCCCCUUCAAGGUCCGGGAGCUGCACAUGGUGAAGGGUCCGGCUGGCUAUGGGUUUCUGCUCAAAGAGGAUGACUGCAGCUCAGGUGCCACAGGCCAGUUCCUGUGGGAUGUGGAUGCGGGGCUGCCAGCUGAGCAGGCAGGGAUGAAGGAAGGGGACCGUCUCCUGGCUGUGAAUGGUGAGAGCAUUGAGGGGCUGGACCACCAGCAGACGGUGCUCCGGAUCCGUGCCCAUGAUGACCAGGUGACACUGCUGGUCAUCGACCCCGCUGGAGAUGAGUUCUACCAGUCGAUCGGGCUGUCCCCCCUGCUGUUCUUUGACGACAGUGACCCUGUCUCAGGCUCCUGCACGCCCUCCCUGCCCUCUCCCAGUGGCUCCCCUGGACUCUGUCAUGUUGAGGUGGGACCAAAAGGACCUGGCUCCUGGCUUGUGGCUGCUGCCAACAGUAUAGGAUUCACACAGAGCCCACGCCAGGAGGAGCAGAGGAGGCUGUGUGAGGAGUUCUAG